GGCGGCGCCGGGGCGCGGUGCGGUGCGGUGCCGCGCGGAGCGGAGCGGAGCGGAGCAUGUCGGCGCUGCGGAGGAAGCUGGGCGAUGAGUACCAGGUGGUGAGCACCUCGGCCAGCGGAGGGGGGCUGCCUCCGCCCCGGGCGGCCCCGCGGGGGAAGCGGCAGCGCUUCGUGGAUAAGAACGGGAGGUGCAACGUGCAGCACGGGAACCUGGGCGGCGAGACCAGCCGGUACCUGUCCGACCUCUUCACCACGCUGGUGGACCUCAAGUGGCGCUGGAACCUCUUCAUUUUCGUCCUCACCUACACCGUGGCCUGGCUCUUCAUGGCCUCCAUGUGGUGGGUGAUCGCCUACAUGCGGGGCGACCUGAACAAGGCUCACGACGACAGCUACACCCCCUGCGUGGCCAACGUCUACAACUUCCCUUCCGCCUUCCUCUUCUUCAUCGAGACCGAGGCCACCAUCGGCUACGGCUACCGCUACAUCACGGACAAAUGCCCCGAGGGCAUCAUCCUCUUCCUCUUCCAGUCCAUCCUGGGCUCCAUCGUGGACGCCUUCCUCAUUGGCUGCAUGUUCAUCAAGAUGUCCCAGCCCAAGAAGAGGGCUGAGACGCUGAUGUUCAGCGAGCACGCGGCCAUCUCCAUGCGGGACGGCAAGCUCACCCUCAUGUUCCGCGUGGGGAACCUCCGCAACAGCCAUAUGGUCUCAGCGCAGAUCCGCUGCAAGCUGCUCAAGUCCCGCCAGACGCCCGAGGGUGAGUUCCUGCCGCUGGACCAGCUGGAGCUGGACGUGGGCUUCAGCACAGGUGCCGACCAGCUCUUCCUCGUCUCGCCGCUCACCAUCUGCCACGUCAUCGAUGCCAAGAGCCCCUUCUACGACCUGUCCCAGCGCAGCAUGCAGACGGAGCAGUUCGAGAUCGUCGUCAUCCUGGAGGGCAUCGUGGAAACCACGGGGAUGACGUGCCAGGCCAGGACAUCCUACACUGAGGAUGAGGUGCUCUGGGGCCAUCGCUUCUUCCCUGUUAUAUCCUUGGAAGAAGGGUUCUUCAAAGUCGACUACUCGCAGUUCCACGCGACGUUUGAGGUCCCCACGCCGCCGUACAGCGUGAAGGAGCAGGAGGAGAUGCUGCUCAUGUCCUCACCCCUGAUAGCGCCCGCUGUCAGCAACAGCAAGGAGAGGAAUAACUCGGUGGAGUGCCUGGAUGGUCUGGAUGAGGUUGGUAUAAAACUCCCUUCCAAACUGCAGAAAAUAACUGGAAGGGACGACUUCCCCAAAAAACUCCUCAGGAUGAGCUCCACCACCUCGGAGAAGGCCUACAGCAUGGGCGAUUUGCCCAUGAAGCUGCAGCGGAUCAGCUCAGUCCCUGGGAAUUCAGAAGAGAAACUGGUGUCCAAAGCCACCAAGAUGAUGUCGGAUCCCAUGAGCCAGUCGGUGGCCGACUUGCCCCCCAAGCUCCAGAAACUGUCGGGUGGCGGCCGGAUGGAAGGGAACCUUCCUCCAAAACUGAGAAAAAUGAAUUCCGACCGCUUCACAUAACCCAGCUACCGAGGCCGGACUGCCCCAGCAGGGAUGGCCUACCAGAGCUCCGCGUGGCUCCAUGCCCAGUGCUGGCAGGGCUGUGGGUACACCAGCAGGCCGUGCUGCCCGGGGCCAGCAGAGCCGUCCGCCCCCGGCAUGUAGAACCACGAUGCGCAUGCAAUAAUAGUGUGCAAUUCCUGCAUCUAGUUUUCUGGCAUGGCUCCUACUAUAUUUAUACUGUAUAUCCUGAAAAACGCCUACAGGGGUGUUCCGUUCCCCGGGUAUUUCUUAAGAGUCAGUAGCAGGUAAAACAUGCGAGUGGGUAACUUUCAGGGUAGGUUAUCAUUUGAGUUCGUUUUCUUCUUUUCUGACAUGGGUUGUGAUGUUACACACUGAACAGGUUGCCCAAGGAGGCUGUGGAUGCCCCAUCCCUGCAGGCAUUCAAGGCCAGGCUGGAUGUGGCUCUGGGCAGCCUGGGCUGCUGGUUGGCGACCCUGCACAUAGCAGGGGGUUGGAACUGAUGAGCACUGUGGGCCUUUUCAACCCAGGCCAUGCUGUGAUUCUAUGUUUCGCUCAACAAAGUAGCUAUGGUGCAUGUGGUUUUUUUGUUCCUAAAAGGAAUUGUAUUUGUUAAUUCCUCACACCAAACCUGCUGGCCUUAAACUAACUGCUGGUUUUCAUUUUGCUUUAAGUUCUUCUUGGGCUUUCUUUUCCUGCCUCUACACUGCUGGAAAAAAAAAAUUAAUGUAUUUCACAAGACGCUGUUGAGAAAAGAAGCUUCUAUUGAUAAGGCUAGGUAAAACUAUAAAGAAAUGAGUGAAAAUGGCACUUCAGGUAAAAUUAGAAAAAAAAAAGAGAAUUCCUCCAUCAUUUAUCUCUGUACAGACAACGUGCUUGGUUUCACAGGACAGCUGAACAUAACAACAGCUGUGUUGUUCAGUUGUUCCUGGAGUCAGGCAGGCUUCUGUUGUGGAUGCUCUGCCCCAGGAGCAGAACUGGGCUCCCUCUGAGCCCCUCUGGUGUUGGGGCUUUGCUCUCCCUUACUCUGAGGCCCCAUCCUACAAAGCCAGGUCCCAGCGGUGGUUCUGUGAGCCCACAUCUUGCAGCCAGAGCUGUGAGAGCUGCUGGGUCCCAUGGCGAUCCCUGUACUGCUUUCUCUGUGGUGAGAACAUGUACAGAGACGUUAACCGAGGUUGACCCUGUGGGUUUUGAAAUGAGUAAUACUUUGUGUAAAUGUUUGGUUUGGUAUCCUCCCGUGGCUCUGUGUGGUUUUGGGGGUUUUUAUCCUGUUUUACUCCCUCUCUGCUGCUGUGCCCCAACACCUGUGCUUCCCCCUGCCUAACACCAGGCUGUUGCAUUGCCUGGGCUGUGCCAGAGGACCCAAAGCAGGGUGGCUAUUUCAGAGCUGAGCAGUGACAAGGCUCUCUGUCUUGCUUCAUGGGGAUGUCUGUUCGAGACAGACCAAUGGGCAGCACUGGCAGCAUGGCAUCGUGGUGUUGGAGGCAAAACACAGCUGUGGAGUCUUGGAGAUGUACAAGGGCAGCAGCAGUUGUGUAGGGAAGUCCUGGCUCGAGGGCUCUGUGCCAUCGGUGUGAAUGCUCAUGCUUGCUUAAUAAGGACAGAUCUGCUUGUCAUUGGGAAACAGUAAUUUGGUUUGAGUAGAAAUGGUGGCAUGGGAUGAGAACCGAGCAAUGCAAUAUUGCUGGAAGGGUUGGCUCAGACUCCGCAGGGCCUCAGUGCUUGGCCUGGAAGUUGCCCAGUGUGCUUGAUCAGCUGUGCACCCAUGGACUUUAUACUAACUAAAGGGUUUUUCCCACUGUUUAUGAUGAUUUUUGAGUGGCACUGCAUGCUUUUUACACCUGUGGCCGUACUGAAAUACUUUGCACAUUAUUGUUAGAGGGAGCUGUGGGUGUAGCUCCCUGCGUGCUGACGCUGUGUGCUCAAUGAGUGAUGAGCAGAAUUCCAACGUUGCCAGGUAAGAUCUGAAUGUUUUUCCCCUAUUCGCUAACACUUAUUCAGGCCAUCUUGUAAAGUAUAGCAGAGCUUUGUGCCAUUUGUAACUCCUCCACUAGUCCCUGGCCAAGUGAAAAUGGCCACAUACAGUGGUCAGGCAUCAACAGUAAUGCCACCUCCGGUCCAAACUAGAAAGCCAAGGACACUGAACCAGAGUGAUGGUGGCUGGCGAGUCGUAGGACCAUAGAACGGCUUAGGUUGGAGGGGACCUUAAAGAUUAUCCAGUUCCACCCCGUGCCAUGGGCUGGCUGCCCCCCACCCACUCAGACUGCCCAGAACCCCAUCCAUGGCCUUGGCAUCUCCAGGGAUGGGGCACCCAUAGUGCUCAGGGCAGCCUACCUCCCUGCAGCCCCUCCUGGCACAGCAGGCCUUGGGUCAUCCCCCUGCACCCAGGCCUCCAUAUGGACAGCCAGCAUGCCUCCAUACUAAGAGCAACGGAGUGUCCCCAGCCGUGGCCAGGUGCUGCACAAAAUGAAUGUAGAGGGCUGAGCAGGAGCGGUGGCAAGGUGCUGGGUGCCUGUGCACCAACACUGGGACAGUGUUCUCGUGUUUGUUGAAUUAAUGCCAUAUAAAGUACUAAAAGCGACAGUUCAUUCAACACUUUAAAUAAUUCUCCUGUCCUUGUUGCACACAAGUUUUCUGAGGCUUGUGGCUUGUACUGCAAUGUAUGACGUAUGUUAAGGCUAAAAUACGCGUGUCUUCUGUUACUGAGAGUGAAAGUGAAAACAUGGAUGGUCGGUAACUGUCUUUGGUUAUUGGGUUCAGGAUGUUAUUCCUGGUCAACAUCUCAUUUCUACUGGUGUGGCCCCUUUUCUGUUUCUCCUGGCUGUUCUCACCCAGCCCUAACGCUUGUGCUAAGAGAAGUGUAUCUGUGUGUUCGACUGCACAGCCGGUCUGUGUUCUCUACUGCUGAGUUUAUGCUUGAAUUAAAUUGUAAAUUGUACAUAUUUGAAUUAGAAUAAACUAAAUGCAUUUUCUGGCAUGCACUCUAUAACUGUAUAAAUGUACAAGUUUAUUUGAAUUAUACAAAACAACAGACUCUUGUAUUCAUUAAUACUGCAAGCUCAGUUUUAUCUACAGCUGUAUUAAACUUUCAGAAUUGUUCA